UGUUGAUGUUUUGAAUGCUAAGCUAACUGGAACCAGCCGAUGUUUUGUCUGACUCGUUCGUGUGGCAGAUAUACGAGGUGACGGUUCAGUUUUGAGGCAUUGACACCCAUUUGUAUACAUCGUGUCUUUUAGUUGUGUUUACAGAGCAAAAGGGAGAAACAGGAAAAAAGGUCACAGAAACGGCUCAUUCAUUGUUCUCAGGACCCCAAUGCAGUCAGCUGCAGAGACUGUGGAGAAUGCCUCAAUCCUGUCAGGUGGCUUGGCACAGGAGGGUCAUCGGCUCUGGAUCGGCAACAUUGACCCCAAGAUCACAGAGUACCAUUUAGUGAAGCUCCUGGAGAAGUUUGGCAAAGUGAAGCAGUUUGACUUCCUGUUCCACAAGUCGGGUCCUCUGGAGGGCCAGCCAAGAGGAUACUGCUUUGUGAACUUCUACACCAAAGAGGAGGCUGAGCGGGCCAUUCAGUGUCUGAAUGGAAAGUUGGCGCUUUCUAAGAAGUUAGUGGUACGCUGGGCUCAUGCUCAGAGGUUCGAAACCUUCAGAGGAGACAAGAAUCUGCCUGCCAGUUUAGAGCCUUCAUCCAGUGAAGCAGGAGAGCAGCCAACUUCACUGAGUGUUAAUGCAAAGAUUCAUGCCAUUGAAACCAAGCUGCAGAUGAUGGACGACAACCCAGAUGACUUUUCUGGACCCUUAGUGUAUAUCUACAACAAGCCUUCCGAUAAGAAGGACAAGAGAUCCCAGCCCUACCGCAAGCAGUUCCGCAAAUUCAGGUGGUGACCUCUCCUAAAACUGGCCAAGUGUCCCUGCACUGAACAGACUGUGGACUGAGAUGUACGGAGAUAAGCUUUUCUUAUCUCUUGGCCAAUGUUUCUUGACUGUAAUGCAUUACGAGAAGGAGUGUUACACCUUUGAUUUGGACUGUUGUGCCUUUUCCAGGCCAAUAUAGGAGUAAUUUUACCAUGAAAGACAUUAUCUGAAGUAAGCGGGAUAUAAGAAUAUUCAAGUGAAAUGAGUUUAUCCUCUUUUUUUUUUUUUUUAUACCGAUGUUAAUUAUUUCAGUUCUUCAGGUGAUGAUAACUUUUGCACCUUUCUGAAUUUUCAAACACAUUUACGUACACAUGUCCCUUAUAUUCUUCCAGAAUGCUUGCUUGUGUUGGGUUUUUUUUUUUUAUUCAAUUGUAAACUACUACUGUGCUGCUUGCAGAAGUGUUGUUGUGUUGUGUGUUAGGAAUCUCACGAUCUCAAAUCUACACACUAUUACCUAUAUUUGUUAGACUGUUUGAGUCAUUUAUUUAUAUAGGAAAGCACAAAAUUCUGCUCAUUAGAGCUGCAUUGUUGCUGUACAAUUCUUUCACUAUAAAUAUCUUUGCAUUUUUAUGUCAAAAUUUAAAAGGGCUCACAUGUCAUGGACAGUUUGGAUCAAGUGUAAAAAUAUUGGUAUUUUGAUAGAUUUUGCUCUUGCCAUAUUAAAAAAUAAAUAAAUAAUAAUGU